AUGACAAUGUCUUUGCCUCGAAUUCGUGACUACAAUAAAUACUUUAACUUUGCGAUAACUCUCAAUUCUACCAAUGAUAACAAUGAUGAGCUUAUUAAUAAGAUAUCUCAUAUCAAGGGCAUGGAAUAUUUAGGAAGGAUUGGGGAAUUGACGAACGUGGUUGAGGUGAGGAUAUUAAAAGAAGACGAGGAGAAAGGAGAAACUCAACAAAGAAUAGAAAUGGUUAAAAGUGAAUUGGAGGCAUUGAAUGAAGUGCAAAAUGUGGAGCUUUUAGUGCCAAAAAUUCGAAAUAAAAAAUAUUGA